AGCCGCACGCGCGUCCCGGCCUCUGUCCCCGCGGCGCCGCGGCCCCGGCCCCCUGCCGGCUCGGCCAUGCAGCUGCCCGCGCCGCCCACCGAGCUGGUGCCGUCGGAGCGCGCCGUGGUGCUGCUGUCGUGCGCGCUCUCCGCGCUCGGCUCCGGCCUGCUGGUGGCCACGCACGCCCUGUGGCCCGACCUGCGCAGCCGGGCACGGCGCCUCCUGCUCUUCCUGUCGCUGGCGGACCUGCUCUCGGCUGCCUCCUACUUCUACGGGGUGCUGCAGGACUUCGCGGGCCCCUCGUGGGACUGCGUGCUGCAAGGAGCGCUCUCCACCUUUGCCAACACCAGCUCCUUCUUCUGGACCGUGGCCAUCGCCCUCUACCUGUACCUCAGCAUCGUCCGCGCGGCGCGCGAGCCUCGGACCGGCCGCCUGCUGUGGGCCUUCCACGUCGUCAGCUGGGGGGUCCCGCUGGCCAUCACGGUGGCAGCUGUCGCCCUGAAGAAGAUUGGCUAUGAUGCCUCGGACGUGUCAGUCGGCUGGUGCUGGAUUGACCUGGAGGCGGAGGACCGCAUCCUGUGGAUGCUGCUGACCGGGAAGCUCUGGGAGAUGCUGGCCUACGUCAUGCUGCCCGUGAUCUACUGCCUUAUCAGGAAGCACAUAAACAGGGCGCACGAGGCGCUGUCCGAGUACCGGCCCAUCCUCUCCGAGGCUCACCGGCCACGCCACCAGGCCUCCGUGGCCGACAAGAAGCUGAUGCUCAUCCCGCUCACCUUCAUCUGCCUCCGGGUCUGGAGCACCGUGCGGUUCGUCCUGACGCUCUGUGGCUCCCCGGCCGUGCGGUCGCCGGUGCUGGUCGUUCUGCAUGGUAUUGGGAACACAUUUCAGGGCGGUGCCAAUUGCAUCAUGUUCGUUCUCUGCACCCAGGCCGUCCGAACUCGGCUCUUCUCCAUCUGUUGCUCUUCCCAGCCGCAUGCUGAGAGCCCGGCUGGCCCUCCCAAGGCUCCUGCUGCACCCUCCAAGACAGGAGAACCUCAGGGGUCCAGAUGCACCCCAGAUGAACUUCCAGGCACCUGAGCUUUUCCCUUCGUAGUUCUGUGCACAGAUGCUGCCUGCCUGGGGACAGGUGCUUUUGGGAGUCCCUGCUGCAGGAAGUGCGGGUGGGCGUCUGCUGGUACUUGAGGCCUUCUGCUUUUGAAGCUCUUGACCCCCUGUUGGGGGAGCCACCACAAACCCAGCUGCUUCUACCUCCUAGACCCUCAGGUGGCACAUCCCACUCCCACCCGUGUCCUACUGCACGCGAGGGCACUUGCCUGCAUGGGGUCGGCAGUGAGAUCGGUACGUGAUUGCUGUCAGGUUGCCUUGUGGUCCGCUGCUCAUGGGCCUCGUGACCACACAGCACUGUUUACAAUUCAAGGGACCCACACCUGGGGGAAAAGCACAAAGAGGUAUAUAUGUAUACCAAGUACCUGUCCUAAAUAAAAUGCCAGGGGUUACCAGGGAUGCGUCCCCCACUUAGAUAUCAUAAAGCCGAUUUUUGGUUUGUCAGGGCAUUGAGAUUUCCAGGAGAACCCAGCUUUUCUCGGAUAGCUUUGCUGGUCAGCAAAAGAGCCGGUUCCCUUUAACCAGGUGGAAGGUUCCCGUGAGGUUUCCGGGCAGCUGGUCUCCUCGGGACCUCCCAGGUUCUCUCUAUGGGUUGCCAACCCUCGAUGAAGAUUGUGCUUGAAUUUCAAGCCCAGGCCAGAACCCAGACUCCUGCCUGCCUUCACCAGUCACUUUAAAAUACAGGGUCCCUCCUCCCAUGCGAGAGCUGAAACAGGGACAAGAAGAGGCAUUGCAGGGAAUCCCAGCGGAUGUCCGCUGCCUCUCGGGUCUGUUCUCUGGAAGACUGGACUGGGGAGAGCUGGUAGGGAUCCGGCUGAAUCACCUCCCAGCUUAGUUUUUUAUAGAAAAGGUGACCGGAGAGUUGGUGAAUGAUCCAAAUAACAGAUUUCUCCCUGAAGGUGAAGCUUUGGGGAGUUGGUUCGGGGAAGUGACACAUGCAUCAUGGGGUGAUUAUUUACACUUGAAAGAAAAGGAUCGAAAAUGAGCAUCCGUAUCUCUAUAACCGUGGCUCUUCCACUGACAUUUUCCUGUUAUUUCAGAAAACCGUUUCUCUGUUAAGUCACAGAAGCCACUGGCUAAGGUGGCAAGUGUCAGCGUCACCACAGGAGGCUUGGGGAGGGGGGGUUCAACUUUAGCCUAUCGGCGUCCCUCUCUUGGGUUCAGUCAGAACGCUGCAAAACCGAAAUGAUCCUCUGAACCUCUAAUAAGACGGUUCUGGAUUAAAAACCAAAGCCUCACCAUACUGUUGAUUCCCAUUUUAUUCUUAAAAGCAGAAUCUGUCACAGGAAGAGAAUCUGAAAGAAAGAGCCAUUGACAGAACUAGAUCCAAAAUGCUCAUUUUCAGUUUCUUUUUUUUUUUUUUUUUUUGAAGUUUUCUUUAU